ACUUCUUGUUGAAAUACGGUACAAAAAUUACGACUUCCGCAUCGCUUGUAAUUUCUUUUUUUUCUACGGGAAUCAACCAUUGACUCUUGACUGUUUCACACGACGGAGAGAAAUCAUAUCAUCAAAUCGCUUGGUGCACACAACGACAGUUUGAGGACCGCUCCAUCCAUACAUCAUACCACCCACAACAAAAUCCGGUUCCUCCAGGAAGUAUUGGAUAUAAUGCGUUCUCCAGGUGGUUGCCGCAGUUUUCUCGCUCGCCGAUGGCGUCGCGUUUCCGCCUCAGCAGUUUCCAACAAAGGGCAGGGGGAACGAGCGACAACAGCUCCGUUGGGAGUUGCGACCCGUGGAUUCCACCACCUCUCGAUGGGAGAUGCCUUCGGAUCACAACCACGAACGGGGCAAACGCCGUCCCAGCAUUUUCAGAACCACACGAAUCUCUUGUUCAACUACAACAGAAAUGGCAACAGCAGCGUUCAGAUACGAACCGUGUUUGUUCAAACCGAAAACACACCCAAUCCGGAAUCGAUCAAGUUUCUGCCGUCCAACACGGUGCGUAUGAGAGUGUAUUUGAGAGUGUAUGCUGAAUUUUACAAUAUAAGCGCAAAGUUUUCAUCACAAUACAAGUAAUCUGCCAAACGUUCUCACGUCAUUCCUCGUUUCCUUUGGCCCCGUGUUUUGCUUUGAUCUGGAAUGUGUUACGUUUCGAACAUCGACACGCUAUUUGAUGAAUAUCGAUUGGAUUAUAACAAAACAACAAUUUGGAUAUUUCGUGAUUCAAUUCAAUCGUUGGCAACAAACACUAUUUUUUUGGGGGGCGGAAUAUUGUGUUGCCUACCUAACCGCAUAGGUCGUUCUGGAUAACGAAGACGGAACGGGGCAUUUUUUGAACAAAACCGAUCCCAUCGAGGAAAUUCUGAAGUCUCCACUGGCCAAGGAUUUGUUUAAGAUCGACGGCGUCAAGGCUGUCUACUUUGGUAGGGAUUUCGUCACGGUCACGAAACGAGCGGAGGCCAAGUGGCAGUUCAUGAGACCCGAAAUCUUUAGCGCACUGAUGGAUUUCUUUGAAAACCCCAACAACAAGGUGUUGUUGGACAAGCCACAGAUCACCGAUACGACAAUCCUGGAGGACGACGAUGAGAUCGUGGCCAUGAUCAAGGAGCUCAUCGAGGAUCGAAUCCGACCGGCGGUCCAGGAAGACGGCGGGGAUAUCCACUACCGCAAUUUUGAGGAAGACACCGGGAUUGUCACUGUCCAGCUGGCAGGGUCGUGCGUUGGCUGCCCCAGCUCGAGCAUCACGCUGAAGCAGGGUGUCGAGAACAUGCUCAUGCAUUACAUCCCGGAGGUGACCGCCGUGGUGGCCCAGGAAGAGGAAGAAGACGAGGGUGAGGCUCCCUUUGGGGAAGAACCAAAGAAGCAGAAGACGUACGAAGAGCGGCUGGCAGCGGCUGGCAUUCCAUUCAGUGAUUGAAGAAAUUCUGCGUUGUCUCUGACCGAGGAUCAAUAGAAUGUGGAGUUACCGCUCGGCACGUUUCAGUCCUUCUCAACCAUGCAGGGGAUAUUUUGUCUUCAUGUACACCGAGAAAUCUAUCUCUGAUUAAAUAGGAGCGAGUGAUUCUUCCUUUAAAGCAACUGCAUCAUUUUCAUUCGCAUCUUUUGGUACUUCAUAGUAUUAGAAAAACAGGACGAGUGGAUCACACAAAAAAUAGUAAAAUAGUAGGGUUAUC